UGACGCGCGCGUGCGCUCUAACACCGCUCCGGCUUCCCACCUGGUUUGACCUACAGCCGCCCGGGAGAAGAUGGCCACCCCAGGAGUGUCUGGGCUGUACCGGCAGGUGCGAUGCUUCAGUACAUCUGUGGUCAGGCCAUUUGCCAAGCUUGUGAGGCCGCCCGUUCAGGUACACGGCAUUGAAGGUCGCUAUGCCACCGCGCUCUACUCCGCUGCGUCUAAGCAGAAUAAACUGGAUCAAGUGGAAAAGGAGCUGCUGAGAGUGGCAAAACUCCUGAAGGACCCCAAGGUGGCCCUGUCUGUCCUGAAUCCCUACGUUAAGCGUUCCAUUAAAGUGAAAAGCCUGAAUGACAUCACCACAAAAGAGAGGUUCUCCCCACUCACGUCCAACUUGAUGAAUUUGCUAGCUGAAAACGGUCGCCUAGAAAAUACCCAGGGAGUCAUUUCUGCCUUUUCCACCAUCAUGAGUGUGCACCGCGGAGAAGUUCCUUGCACGGUGACCACGGCAUCCCCUUUGGACCAAGCUGCUCUCACUGAAUUAACAGCCGUCCUGAAGAGCUUCCUGGGUCAGGGACAAGUACUGAAACUGGAGGCGAAGACCGAUCCCGCAAUCAUGGGUGGAAUGAUCGUGCGUAUUGGGGAGAAGUACGUGGACAUGUCUGCAAAAAGCAAGAUUCAGAAGCUGAGCAAGGCGAUGCGGGAGACUCUCUGAACGUGCUGACUGUCUGUCCUCGGUGAAAAUUCUUAAACUUGGAGCUGCAGUAAAAUGCUUCCUGAACAGAC